AUGCAAUUCGUACGCAAGGCCGAAGAAGCCUUGACUGGCAAGAAGGAUGAGUCGCAUGAAUCAACUCAGUCCUCUAACCAUGGUCCUCACUCAUCAAAUCUGGCCAACAAGCUUGAUCCCCGUGUCGACAGUGAUCGUGACAACCGUGCUGACCCCACUAUCAAUGACCAACCCCUGGGUGCUUCUAAGGACUAUGGCACUGGCACUGGCACUGGAACAACUGCUGCCGGAACAACCACUACCGGAACUACCAGCACCACUGGCCCCCACAAGUCCAGCAUCCUGAACAAGUUGGAUCCUCGCGUCGACUCGAGUGCUACCCAUGCCGAGCACUCGUCGACCACUCACAGCACUGGUACAGCCCACACUAGCACCCAUGGUCUUGGAGGAACUACCACUAGCCCUCACAGCUCGACUCUCAGCUCAGAAAUGCACGGCAGUCAGCCUCUGACGGACUCCCCUGGAACUACAACUCACGGUAGCAGCAGCACCAACGCUGGUCCUCACAGCUCCAACAUCGCCAACAAAGUCGACCCUCGCGUGGACUCUGAUCGUGAUAACCGUGCCCGCCACGAGACCGUCACUGGCGCCGGUACCGGUCUUGGAACAACUCACGGAACCAGCACCAGUACCAGCACCAACGCCGGUCCCCACGAUUCCAACAUCGCCAACAAAGUCGACCCUCGCGUGGACUCUGAUCGCGACAACCGCGCCCUUUACUCCGGCGCAGGAACUGCCCCUACAAGCUCAACCCUGGGCUCUAGCACCGGUCACGCCCAGCCUCUGACCGGUUCCACUCACGGUACUGCUGGACCGCACGACUCUAAUAUCGCCAACAAGCUCGAUCCCCGUGUUGACUCAGACCUCGAUAGUCAGCCUCUUUCGGGCACCGGUGUUGGCACGACUACCCAUGGCUCUCACACUCGGGAACUGGACCAUGGUCUUGCGGGUAGUAGUUACAAUACUCCUGUUGGAACUUCGGGUCGGGCUUCUGGAACAGCUGCUACUGCUGGACCACAGGAUUCGAGUGUUGCGGGCAAGUUGGAUCCUCUGGCUGGGUCGGACAUUGGUGCUCAGCGGACCAUCUAG